GGCGCACACGCCCCCUUUACUCUCCCUAUCGUAGUGUCUCUUUUUCCCCUCUUUCAUUCUAUUCUGUCCUUCUUCAAUUCUGCUGCUUGCAGGAGGAGGCGGGUCUGGAAUGGUCGUGUGCUACGUGAGCAGCUGAAACUGAAAACAAAUACACCACAGCACGAGUUCUUACAGGCGUUAUCCGAUUCUCCAGAAGUACCGAGAAGCUGAGUCGCUAAACGGAUACACGGCUGCCGCUUCUCCAUCAGCUCAAGUAUAUUUGUAGUGUGGAAUUUGCUGUUACAGUCUGCUGAGGAGAAGGGAGGCGGCGGACUCAACUUACAGGAGAUCCAGUCAGACAAGCUGCAUCUAAGGAACCGUUUAUUUCUGGAUACUUGUUGGCCUCGUUUGGCUCACGUGCAGACACUGUGGAUAUACCAAAAAGGAGACGCGGUGGUCGCGUUUUAGUUCGGCCCACUCCAUGAGCACUGAGUUUCAACACUACAGUUUCAGGAUGCCUAACAUUGGGUUCCAGAAUCUGCCACUUAAUAUCUACAUUGUCGUUUUUGGGACAGCAAUAUUUGUCUUCAUCCUCAGUUUACUUUUCUGCUGUUAUCUCAUUAGAUUGCGGCAUCAGGCACAUAAGGAGUUGUAUGCAUAUAAACAGGUUAUCCAAAAGGAAAAAGUGAAAGAACUGAAUUUGCAUGAGGAGGUGGCCUCCGGCUGCUACAUUUACAUUAAGAUAUGUGCAGUUUGUUUGGAGGAAUUUAAACAGAAAGAUGAAUUGGGAAUAUGUCCAUGUAAGCAUGCUUUCCACAGAAAGUGUCUCAUUAAAUGGUUGGAGGUGAGGAAAGUGUGCCCACUCUGCAAUAUGCCUGUUCUUCAGUUAGCUCAGCAACAAGGUGCACAAGAACAUGGGCUACCACAGCAGCCUCUUCCAGGUGUUGAAAAUCUGGUUUAGCAGAAUGUUACACAUGCAGAAUAAAUGCAAGAACAACAUACACUAUGUUCUGAACAGCUGAAUAAUCUAUGCAGAAACCCAUGCAGUGUGACUAUACCAUUUCAUCCUGCAAAUCUCCUCAGCUAUUGAAUACUUUGGAAGUCAAGCAGUGUUGUUUCCUCAAAAGUGUGAGAGAAAUUCUCUUAAUACAGCUGCUUUUUUGUUUGUUUUGUUUUGUUCUUUAACACAACCAAAGCACUUUUUUCUUUUGGGACACCAGCAUAACAAUAUAUUUUUUAUUUUGUAUAAAGCACUUUAUUAGGUAUUAGUACUAAAUGCUUGUUGUAAUCAUGUUGUAAUAUGUUGUGUUUAUAGUAUAUAAAUUGUAGCAGUAGUUGAACAUGUAAAGUGCCACGGCGGUUAUAUGUUUAAAAGGGAUUCUAGUCUUCUAAAACAGGAGUUAAAUGUUGGGAAAUAAUAUCUACUUGAAGCUCAGUUUUGAGUGACAGCAAGUCAUUGUUUAUAACAAGACCAUAUUGUGCUAAUUAAUAUAGCUGUAUAUGAAUAUUCUUUAUUUUUCCACACUUUCCUUAAUUUAUAUAUGUUAUGAACUUUUAUUUGGCAGUACACACCCUUUGUUUUCAAAAUUAAUAUUGAUGUACUUGAUCCAAGUAUAGCAAUGUUUUUGCAUUUAAAUAACCUUCACCAUUUAAGAUCAUGAAAACUGGAGUAGUGGAUGGGGUUUUAGUAUAUAUAAACAUGCUUUGUACCUGCAUGGUGGUUUACUUUUUCUCAACUAUACAACCACAUGUUUCUUAACUAUGAGAAAUUUUUUAAUUUAUGUUAACAUAUCCCCAGUUUCAGGAUUACCAACUUCUCUCUCUUAUUGUGACCAGUGAAUAUAAUUGUACAGGAAAUAAUUAGUAUUCACUGAUAGUGACCCUGUAGUUAGGGUAUAGCGGGUUGGAUGGAUGGGUGGAUGAUGGUGAAUUGAGUGACAGAGAUUUAGAAAUUGGCAGGAAAAACCAAAAAUAUUUAAUCGAUAGGGUUAAUUAGGCAAUCUUACAGAGCAAACCAAAACUCGGCCUCAAACCUGAAAUUUUUAAAUUUGAAAUACGUAUUUCUGUUGGGGAACGUGGAGUAUUUCCUAAAUUGACAUACCGUAUAUGCUUUGGCCUCCCUAGAAACCAGUGCAAUACUUGCACAUAGUCACAUCGACAUAAUGAACAUGAAAAAUAAAUAAGAAUCCAUUCCAAUAAAACAAAUCUAGGAAAAAAAUACUAAAAACACACCGAAGUGAAACUUAAAUAGUUUGAGGUCCUCACACAAUCACUUAACAAUCAAGUAGGGAUCAUAUUUUUAUAGCUCUUACAUGCAUGGUUUCUCUGAUUUGGUUGUAACUGGGGUAUUAUUAGUAGUUUGUUAUAAAAUAACCAGCAUGCCAGAUAAUUACCCAGUGUUGCAUGCUGUUCAGAACAGCCACAAAAGUAGCAUUUAAUUUGCUUCUGUAUUCAUCCCCAGAGUUAGGAUGAGAUGGUAGGGUAUGGUAUAGAACUGUGUGAACUGUAGAUGCCUAGUGAAGUAGUUUUACAUAUUCAAAAGUAUUAUCUUAUGGAAAGAUUCACAUACACUAAAUAAUAUAUCAUUUGUCUUGUAACCUGAGGAGUUUUGCAGUUGUUUGUUUGAUUUAUGCCUGUAAAUUUUCAUAGUAAGUGAAUACCUAAAGUAGCACUUUCACAGACACAGAUUUUAAAGGUCGCAGUAAAUAUUAUGUAGAAUUCUGGACCAAUGGAAUAUAUGCAGGCACUAAUUUAAAAUGAGCUUGUUGUUUGUAACAGCAGAUUGAUGCAGCAAUAUUGUUUUCUGUUGCAUUGGGAGCAUUAACAUAACAUUUUUCCAAAUCAUAUUAUGUCUGUAUAUGGUCUGUCUUUCUUUAUUCUCCUAGAAGAAUAUAGUAGGACUUUAGAAGAUGUUAAAAAUGAGUAUGCAAUGGCUAAUAACACUAAGCAACUACAUGAUCAUAGCUUAUUGAUCACAAAAAUUAUUUAAUUUUCUCAAAAACUCAUUACCACAAUGCAGGGUCACAGAGUACCGGUGCCACUCCAUUCUAUAUUAACACAAAGCUGGAAUCAACUCUGAACAGUGUAUUGACCCAGAAUAAUAUGAUGAAAAGCGCAAACAUCAUACAGGCUGUGGUCAGCCCUGAGAUAUCAACUCAAGUCUGACGCUGUGAUGCCUUAGGUCUAACCACUGUUCCAUUGUGCCUGUUCCCAGUCCUAACUGUAUGUAUUGCCAACAUCUAAUGGCAAAUGAAAAUAUGAUGGAAGUGACAGUUGCUGUAUAAUCUUAACAGUUAACAAGUAAUUUACUAUUAUUAUAGUACACAAUGAAAGUUAUAACAUAAAAAUACAAAUAUUUUUCUGUUAGCUAAUGGCUAAGUAUCAAAGUAUAUUUGCCAUACCUUUAAUUUUGCUAUAUCUACUAUAGAUUUAAUCACAUUGCUAAAAAAAACCAUGUAUUAACUGCAGAAACCAUUUAUAUACUCAGCAUUUUCCGCACUGAGUGAGUGUUGCUUUGAGUUUAAAUACAUUUUCUAAUGGUUAGGAUAUAAAACACUGACAACCUAGAAAUGAAGAGGAAGGACUUAAGUGUUCAGUAAGUGAUAUUUCAAAUACUAGUUUUGAAAAGCAGUGUGUUUGCUGUUGAAGUUGCAAUAUUUGGAAACUCGUGCAUUAAUUUUGGAAUCAAACAGCUAAUAGUACACCCUGAGCUCAGGUUUUUCAUAUUUAUAAAGCACUAGCAGCUCUUCAUAAAGUGUACCACAUAUCAUGUAAUAUCAAAAGAAAACUGCUACAGGCAGCUGCUGAUACAGAAGCAUCAUAAUGUUGUUUUUUCCUGGAGUGUUUCUCUCAUUUCCUUGCAAAUUGUGAUAAUGUUCAUUAAUUCUGUUAUUUUCUGAUGUUUGAAAUUAAUCAGUGUUUUAGAAGAAUUUUCUCAAAUCGGUACUGAUUUGUAAAUUGAACAUCAUUGUCUGACUUGAGAACAAUGUCAUGUUUUUAUAUUUUUAGAAUGGGAAAUGUAAUGCAAAUUACAGAUGAUAAACAUUUUUGUUCCAGCUCUAUUUACAUAUUUUCUUGUGCUGCUUACCGUGCCAGCACUUUUUACAACUUCUAGAAUAAUCAAAAUUGGUUUUUUUUUUGUUAAACAAGUAACUGUAUCAAUCUUGUUCAGUUUUUAUCUCAACAUUUAGUGAAAUUUAAUAAAUAUGAAUCCUCUCCCCUUUUUACUAUUUCAACACGGUCCUAUUCUAACCACCCAGUAAGAAAGUGUUUGAAUUUGUUAAGGGCCUUUAACUGUACAGUUAUGUACUGUCCUCGGUUUCCAUUUUCAGCUAUCGUAUUUCUAAGCAAAUUUUCUAUGAACAGUGCAUGGUGCAUUGAUGAAUAUUUUGAAAAAUAAUGCAAAGGCAACUAACACAUUUACAACAGUAUAACAGUUUCUUUUGUGAGAACUGAUUUUUUUUAAUUUAAUUUUACAAAAUCAUACUUGAAUAAUAAUUGGAUUACCUCUUUGUGAUUGUGAUGCUGUCUUUACAGUAUGUCUCACAGAGACACCUGCCACUACAACCCUUUUUCCAUUACAUAGUGUUAUCACUUGACUAAAACAUCUCACCCUUCAUGUAUAUUUUAUUUUUGUUUUUUUACCCUGUAUUGUCUUUUAAUGUACAUUCACCUUGCCUUUACAUGUAGUGUUUGUUGCUGUGAACCACACUUAAUGAUUGCUUCAGUGAAAUAUUUCUCAGUAUUGUGCCAUAUUUCAUUUGGCCUUGCAGUAAGGUGCAGAUAGAGUAAGUAAUCAUUCCGCAAAUGGGAGUGUGAGGUUUAAGCCUUAUACUCAUUAUUGUUUAGUUCAGUUCAAUAAAAUCAAAAUUUCAGCAUAUUGGAAGUUACUCUCUACUAAUAGGGUAAAAAGCAUUUGUAAAGCACUUAAGACGUAGCACUUGGUCUAUGUAGCACUUGUGCAGUUUUUGAUCAUCUGUGUCAUUUCAUGUGUUAUAUAACAUUUAAUAAGUAAUUCUGAGAAACAUCAUUUGAAGUUUAUAGCAAAUCAGCUGUAAUAUAAAUAUUGAAAGGCUAAUUUCCAAAGUAAUUAAUAUACCAUGGAAUAGUAUAUGCUAGCGUAUAAACUGUUGAAGCCAUAAGAGCCAUUUCUGUGACAUACACUGUAUGUAUUUUACAAACAAGUAUAUUCUAUCAACCCACGCAUAGCUUCUACUUUAUUUGAGAAGCUGUUCCUUUGCAGGUUCUCCGGAAUGUACCUCUUCACAUUCAAACUGUAUCUAGACUUGUAGCGAUUGUUACAACCCUCGUAUGGUGAGACAGGUUUUGGUGCAGUGCUGGAAUAGAGAGGGACGCUAGUUUUGCACUGUACAAUGACACAUUGCUUGUGCACAACAACCUGUAAUGGCUUGAUAUCUCAAUCUCAUUUAAGGCCAGAAUGUUCUUGGGAAACAGUGACAUGUCGCUAUUAAUGAAAUCGGUGAUUAGUAAGAAUGCUAACCAAUACAAACUAAUUUCUAAAAAAUGCUGUCUAAACACUACUGUUACACAUUGCAUCUGUACUCAUUUAGAAUAACUGUUUAAAUCUUUCUCUGCUGCACAGUGCCAGCUGAACUUCAGACGCACUUUGCUCAUGCAAGUGGCACUAAAGCAUUUUCAGGCUGCUGAUUUCAUUAAGAAACAAGACAUUUUGGGAAUUAUUUGAAUGUUUGGACCAGUGCAGCUAAACAUUCGGUGCACAAAGAUAUUUUAUUAAAAUGCUUCAAAUGUGAAUACCACAACAUUUCACACUGGUUAUUAUAUAAAAUAUGGAACGGUAUACUGUACAAAUGUAACUUAAGAGAAAAGUGUAUUUACAUUGUGUAAUGUAUUGUGUAUGGUUUAAUACCACGUGUUCACAUUUUCUUUUACCGUUAGUGUACUGAAGUUUAACACAGUAUUGUACUGUAUACUGUACUGGUAUUUUGAGCAUUUGCACAAAAUGAAGGUAAGCAAUUAUGUUUUUCUAAGCAACAGUGCCUCAUAAUUUGUUUACAGUAAUUCUUGUUUGUAAAGGUAGCCUGGAUCUAAAUAAGAAUAUGUGCUUAAUUACUGUGGUAAUUUCAAGGCUAAUACAAAGUAUUAUAUGAAAAUUGGAGAACACCUCUUCAGCUGUCUCCAUCUCAAUGCUGUAUUAAAGGCUCAAAAUGAAUACAUGAAAUAAUUGCAAUUAACUGUCUUUGUCUUAAAGUAAAAGUUUCUUAAUAUUUGGGAUGAGAAAAUAACAUUAGAAGUACCAUACUAGCAGUAUGUUUUAUGAAGAGUAAUGUGAAAUUUAAAGAUGGACAAAAUGCUCAGGCAUGGAAGAUGCUUUCUUACACGUACUGUAUAUUUGUAUAUACUGGAUCAGAGGUUACAGUCUGUAUAAGAAUGUAAAAGAAAAGCUCUGCUGUUCAGACUGAUGUAUUUUUACACAACAUCUCUCUUUGUAGCAAAUGCUUUGUUACACACAGCAGUUUAUAAUAAGGAAAUGCAGUUACAAUUUUAAUUAUCAGUGUUUUGUACUAAAGUAUUACAUUAUAUUCCUAUUAAGAGUUCUUUUAUUGAAACCUUUAAUAUCAUUAGGUUACCACUACUAUGCUUAUAACUGUUGCAUUCAUUUCAUCCAUUAAUGAAAACUAGAAAAAGUUUCCUACGCAGGUUUAUUUUGCCUAGCAUACAUUAAAUAUGUUCCUAUCCGCUCCGUUCACCCUUUUCCAUUGCACCUUUGAUCUUUUCUAUGUUUGAUGUCAAAUGUAUUCCCUGCAUUGUUUAUGAGGCUGAUUCUGUCCGCCUUGUAGACAUGUCUGUACACUAAAAAGAUUCUGCAGCAGAAUUAUUUUGGCAAAGUUUUGCUGUAUUUGUAAGCUAAUUUUUGUAUAUAUAUUGUAUAAUACAUUAAAUGCCUAUUUUUCAGACAUGCGCAUCUUUUGCUAAUUUUAUGUUUGUUCAUUAAAAUUGGGAAAACUGUUGCAUGCAGUUGACUUGUAAAUAAAACUUGCUUGGUUUUAAAAAUGA